AGGCAUAGAUAGACCUAGAACUAGAAUCUAGAGUUACGUUACUUUACUGGGAUUAAUAGAUGAGGCUUAAAAAGAACUAAUAACGACCAUCUGUUAAAAAUAUUUUAUAGUGUAUAAAUCUAGAUCUAUGACUGAUUUAAAAUAAAUUAACAAUAUUUGAGCUAAACCAACAGUUUAUCUAUUAAGAAGAUGAUUUUAACCUCUUGAUUUGGAGUAGAUCUAGGCUUUUAAAAUAAAACCUAGCCUACAGAUUUCUCGAGGUCUAGGCCUAGCCAAGUCCUAGGACCUACCGGGUUUUUAAAAAACAGGAAGUGUUUACAUUUUUAGAAAAGAACUGCAAGAAUGUAUUUGAGAAAAGUAGGGCCAGUAUGAAAACAAGCCUAGAGAGAACAGACGUAAGCAGGUAACAUGCAGCACAGUGCCUCACCUGAGCUCACCAAGGAGGAAGUCGAUGAGGUCCAGUCCCUCUUCAAGAAAAAGUUUUCUUUCUCUCAGCUUCCUUGUCUGCAAGAUGGCAGCACUUGGCUGGAAGCAUGGAUUGGAGAUGAACCAAGCUUGACAGAAAACCUGCCUGAAGAUUUCGAACUGUCAGCGUUGAAGAAAGAAUUGAACACAACAAAAGACAGGCUUAGCUCUCAAGACAUAGAAACCUGGCACAGUCACACAACCAAGUGCAAUCUGGCAGCCCUGGUCAUCCCCUUUGUCAAGGAGCUGGGGGUGGAGCUGUGUACACAAGCCUGGGUCAAGUUCUAUGAAAUCCUCAGCAACUUCCCCGUCUGCCCACAGGAAAGUUUUUUGUCACUUCACCUGUGUGAAGCUCCCGGGGCUUUUGUUACGGCUUUAAAUCAUUUCCUACAGCUUUCAGCCUUCAAUCACAUCUGGGACUGGCGUGCCACCACACUUCACCCAUACUACGAGGCCAACUCUAACGAGGAAAUGGUGGCGGAUGAUCGUUUGAUCAGGCACACAUACACUCAGUGGUAUUUUGGUAGCAGUGGUAGGGGGGACAUUACAGCACAGGGCUACGUCAAAGAUUUGUACACAUACAUGCAAGGGGUGAUGGAAGAUGAGGACUUAAAACUAUUACUGGUGACAGCAGAUGGUAGUAGAGACUGCCAGACCAACCCAGCGGAGCAGGAAGUUUUGGUGUCGCGGCUACACUACUGUGAAUUGUUGACAGCCUGCCUCUUCCUCUCCCAGCACGGGAACUUUGUCCUGAAAGUCUUCACGUUGUUUGAGCCGUCCUCAGUGGUGAUGCUCUUCCUGCUCAAUGUCUUGUUCACUGAGGUCCAUGCCAUCAAGCCAGCCACCAGUAAAAGUGGGAACUCAGAGAUCUAUCUGGUCUGUCUGGACUACAGGAAGAAAGUCAAGGACAGCACAUUAUGGAAACUGCUUGACCUUUUAGUUUACAGGGAUGUACCUGGCACAUUACGCUUGAUUGAAGAGAUCCCUGCCCUGUUCCUGCAGGAGCACAGGCACUGCUGCAUGCAGUUCUCCCACUGGCAGAUGCAGACCAUUGAGACCAACGUCCAGCUGUUUGAGCGCCCCCAGGGCCUGACGCAGCUGGCCAGGAAACAGGAGCUGGCCCUAAAGCUCUUCCAGGAGAAGGUGCAGGUUGGGCACAGGCGCAGCAUCAAGAGGGUGGCUGUCAUCCAGAGAGAUAUGUCCUCCUUUUACUUUGCCAAAUUUUCUGGGCAACACAAAGCUUUUCAGCCAAUCUGGCGCCAUAAAAACUUAAAGGGCACCUUUCAUCUGCGCCAGAACCUCAACUCCAUGCCCUGGGCAGAGCGCGUUGAGCUCAUGGAGAUAAGGGACAUUGUUCACCCGGGAUUAAAAUUACAGUGCAGUAACCAGCUAGAAGACACAGAGGUGGUGGAGUGGAAUGAUGUGGAGAAAGGUGACGCCUUCUCUGUCAUCACCAACUCUCAAGUGUGUGAUGUCACCCUCAUGACUGAUCUCAACAUCCUGUUAAGUCACUCUGAUUAUAAAAAGUGUCGUGAGACGAGCUACAAGCAGCACUGUAGUGGCACAGGCAAGAUGUUGGCGGGGGUGGUGUGGGAGGCUGUCCUGUCUGACACCCCCCAGCCCGCAGGCAGCCACCCCUCCAGGGGAAGCAACCAGUUUGUGUUCUGGGAUGAUGUAGACGAGGGUGGCGCCCCCUCGCUGGUGUACGAGUCCUUCAUGCGUCAUGUCACCAGCAGCGUCAGCGUGCGGAGAGUCACCAGCGUACCGGAGUUUGUCUCCGUGGUCACCAGCUCUGACUGCAGGCUGCAGGUGUUUUGUGGCGCCACUUGGUUCAGCCCUGCAGGCCCCUCCUCUACCUUCUCCCCCUCCCCACUUGAAGAGCUGCAGCUCAGGAGAAAACUUACACAGAGGGUGCUGACUAUUUUAAGGCAUUUGAACCCUGGCAGCCGCCUGAUUCUUCUGACCACAGCUGCCCUAACCAGGCUGACCACUGGCCUCUUGUAUAUACUGGCCAGGUCAUUCAGUGCAACCUCUGUACGCAGUAAACCCAACCUGUGGCUGCAGCAACUGAUCCUGCUGGACAACUUCGCUGGGGCGUGUCCAGAGUUGGUCAAGCACCUGACUGAGGUCAACACAAUCCUGGCCGCUGAGGCGGAACUUGGUGCCACCACAGGCUGUCUGAUGGAGGUCGUUAAUUUUGCUUACCUCGUCAAUGACAGGAGAUUUGUCCAGUUUGUGACGGCCAACAACAACUACCUGGUGUCAGGCUUCAUCAACCUGAUGCUGCACCACUACACUCAGCUCAGGGCAGGGGAGGGGAGACAAUUGGACCAAAAGAAAAUACGAGUCAACUGAAGAGGAUCUGAAGUUUAUUUCGCACUGUUAUUUAAAAUGUAAAGCCAGAAAAAUAAACCAGCCAUAAAAUGUAGCUGCAGCUUUCUCUCCCAAGUUCAGGGCAAUUCGUGAAUUUGAGGUGAAAAACAAAUUUGUGUCAUUUUCUCAAUGAAUUUUUAACCCACUGUAAAUAUGCUCCAAUAUCUCAAGACUUUGUUUUGUUCUUGUAAGUAGCUCUACUCAAUUUUUUGUCACUCAAGUCUCUAGAAUGGCAGUGUGGAUACAUGUUAGUCUCUAGACAGUGUGGAUAUAUGUUUGAAAGUGAAUUUUUUGUAACUGGUUGUGUUGCUGAGCGAGCUCAAGCUAUUCUGGCAACAACUAAAUGGCUUAUGUUACAAUGUAAUGUCAAAAUGUAUGGAAUAAUGUAACACAAUAUGUAGCAAUGUGACAAACGUUUACAAACAUGAAACAUGGACUAUCUGAUAUUAUUGUUUAAAUGUUUACAAAACUUGAAUGGAAGAUGUAUGUGCUGCUCCA